CAGGAGGAGAGGAAUUUGAGUGCCGCAACCGCUAGCAACCACGCAAGCAGUCUCCUAUACCCUCUCAAGUACUACCACCGGCAAAGAGGGCCAAAAUUCGAAGGUGUCCCCCUGAUAUCCCAGCUCAGAAGAACCGCUACCGUACUUCAAAAACAGGGGGAUGUGGAGAGGGUGAGCACGGUUGAAGAACUGAGGGCCCAGAGCAAGUGGCUGCAUUGGUAAGUCUGCUAGUAUAAAACCGAGCAGAACAAUAAAAUAAAUAAAUGAAUGAAUGGCAUCCCCUAGUGACGUUGAUGCCAGUAAGAAAAUAGUUGUGUUACCAAGGCUAGGCACCCGAACCUUAUUUUUCCACGUGGAAUGCGUUGCAAAGUUUCAAACAACAACACAAAGAUCGAUCUCAACAUUUUGAAAUCAGCCUCUUUUAAUGACUAAUGACCCACUCGCUUGUUAACAUAUCACGUCUCCCCACUUUCUCUUAAGGGAUGAAGUCCUCCAAGCCAGGGAAGCCCAGCGUUGCCGCUUUGAGCUGGCCAAAGACCGGCAGCAACGGGCUCGGGAGGCCUGUGACCUGCUGAUUUUGUCACUCUACACCCACCUCCCACCCAGCAGAGGCCUAGAGGUCCGGACAUUGGAGUUGGUUUGGGAACGCGAACUCGAAGAGCCUUUUGAGCAGGCACGCUAUCGUGACAGAAAUGUGGCCCUCGUCAAGAAAGAAGGAGGAAUAAUGCUCCACCUGGGGAUGUUCAAAACAGCCAAGCACACUGGCACGGAAACAAUUCCAAUACAGGUAAUUCUUAUCGUUACUUCUUCGAGUUAUGCGAACAAAAGCAGAGUUCCCUGUGGCAUAUUUUUCCUGACGACAAAUCGCAUUACCCCCUACCUCCCCUAUCAAAGUCCAAACAACUUGAUGGCUACGAUCAAUGACCAGGGAAGGAUAAAGUUCUGAGGAAAGCAAAAAGCUCUUAAGCACGUGUCUGAAUCAAUAAGGAUGAUAACAACAGCCUACUUAGCAGAUCCACGGGGUGCAUCUUUUCCCUUCAAAUAGCAUUAUUCGUCAUUAAAAGUAAUUUAAAUUACUGGACUUCAAGUAAAUUUUCUCUGUUCCUUCCCCGCAGGCAGACAGCGAACUCUGCAGACUCUUCAAAGAGUUUGUGUCGCAAUUCAGAAGCGUGCUUCACCCACGACCGUCCAGCAACUACGUGUUUCUGGUAAGUAUCCGUGUUAGCUGCUAUAGCUCAGCAAAAUUGUCCAGCUUGGUGAAAUAGCACUUGAAACUUGAUUAGGCAUUUUUAGGCCAAACAGGACUCUUGAGAACUGUAGGUCACAGUAGUGAGGUGUAAAAAAUGGAGUGACGAGCUCUGACUUUCGAUUCUCCUCUCCAUUUCAUUUCAGAAUGCGAAAGGUGCACCCUUCUCGAGUUCGUCCUUCACGCAACGUUUACAGAAGAUGUUUGAACAGCUGACGGGGAACAAGGUGGCAAGCUUUGGGCUGAGGUCGUCGUUCGUGACCUGGGCGUACUCACAGAGGUGGGUCGGCAUCACUAUUGAGCUGCACGUCGCCAUAAAGGUGGUGGGUCCCCGAGACCCGCCGUUGCCCCCCAAAUUUUUGGGAUCUGUUGCUUUAAAACACUAUAGCCACGCCACUGAUAACCGUCUGUGUUCUUUCCUCUGUCUCUAGCGAAUGCGACGACCGCAUGAAAGAGAGCCUUGCCGCCUGCCUCCGACACUCUCGACAGCAAGCCCAGAAGACGUACGACCGACGCACCGCCAACGAGAGAAAGACCAUGGGACUGGAGUUGGCCAGGCGGAAGGCCGAAGAAGGGCCAGCUGACCUCGAGGUUGCUGGGCCCAGCCACCGGGGGGCCACCGACGAACCGGAGAUCAGGGUUGGAGACUUUGUCGGACUCGUAGCUGAGGACAGCACCCUACAGCAGCCCUCGAUCUUCCUGGGGCGUGUCCAAGCAUUCUUGCCAGAACACCAGGUCCUCCUUCUGUGGUACAGGAACACUGCAGGUGGCGUCUAUACCCCUCACUUGGAUGGUGAACAGUGGGUGGAGUCGAAAGAGUCGCUAGUCCCCGUGGAGGUGGCUCCAGCCAAAGGGCGUCCGUAUGGCCAACGUCUAAAGACCAGCUUGCGCACCAUACACAAAGCAGUCAUGGACGGGACGCGGGAAUCCUGA